AUGGCAGUAAUAAACGUCGCUUUAGUGGUUUUAAUCCUGAAUAAUGCUGUUUUGUCGUAUGUUCUACAAGGUUCGCAAUGGAAUCUAGGUCCAUCGUCACCCAGUAUACACAUCGAACCAUGUCUUGCAGGUAUACGAAAAGUGCAACUCAUUACACCGCCACCUAAUUUGACGGGUGAUUUGCAUAUUGGAAAUGCGCUCAAUAUAGUUUGUAGUGAUAUAUAUCUGAGGUAUUGUGAACUUAAUAAAUGCUGGGUUAAUGCAAGGUUUGGCAGUGACCAUGCAGGUCAUGGCCUAGAAAGCAUUAUAAACAAGCAAGUGGGAGACAAUGCCACUGACGAAGAAAAAGUACAAGCAGCUUUGAAACACUGCAAAACAAUGAGGCAAAAUCAUCUUAACACAUUGCAAGCAUUAGGAGUUAACUGGUUGGACCAGGGAUGGACACUUGGGACCCAAAGCAGAAACAUGACACUUAAGGCGUUCGUCGAGUUGUAUCAACAGGGCCAUAUUAAGGAACAUUUAUAUCCAACAUUAUCAGUAGUCACAUCGGAUGGGCUAAAGUUCCUGGACAUCGCUGAUGUGGAUUUUAUAACUCAGAAUGUAACUUUAUACUACAUCGAGUUGGGCCUUAAAUCAAAAAUGGAUGAACAAGGAGUGAAUAGUGUAGAUAAUACAUUGCCUACCUCUAUAAAAGCAUAUUGUCUUCAACCAACAUUAUUAGACGCAGCAGUUGCGGUGGGCGUGCCUGAGGAACUUUGGGAAACAUACAAGGACAUGGUUGCUGUUAUUCCCGAAACCAAUAGGCAACUGCCAUUUAUACCAGUGAAAGGAAUAACUGAUACCAAAUUUGAAUUUGUUAUUCCGGGUUACUCCGAACGGGAUUUCCAGCUGGCAUGGGAGCACGGACUGGAGAUUAUAAAUGUGACAGAUGAAUAUGGCAGGAUGACCAACUGUACUGCCGAUAUCAUGGGAAUGGAUAUAGAAACUGCUAACAAGUACAUGGCCAAUAGAUUCGUCGCGGACGGUACAAUUGAAUGUCAGAUACCAAUGAAGGGAGGUAGCAAAGCGUAUGUAACACCAGCGCCUCAGUGGAUUUUAGAUAUGACAGCCAUAACUCCCUAUGGACUCCGUGCUGUCGAAAAACUGAAAAUAGAACCUGACACAAGGCGACAGCUACUGGUACAAAGGCUACAGUCCAAGCAUCCUUGGUGUAUAAGCAGAAAUGGUUGGUGGGGAAUUCAAGUGCCAAUAUGGCGUAUAUCAAGGAACAAGGAGGUGCAUACAAUAGCUGCAAUGUCACAAGAAGAUGCCAUUGCAAAAGUGGCAAAACAGAUUGGCAUAUCACCAACCGAUCUGUCUGCAAAUGGAUAUACAGUUGAACAGGAUAAGCGAACUUUGGACACAUGGUUCACAUCAGCAUUAUGGCCUAUGUGGACAGCAGAGAAUGGAGUAGUUGACGACAUAGCAUCUCAGCUUAACGCAAGCUCAGUAGAUCACCAAGAUACUCAACAACCAGAUGAUGGCGAUCUAGACACAAAAGAUCCAGUCUUGCAAUUGGACGUCACAAGACUAUUGUACACGGGUUACGAUAUAUUGCAUAGCUGGGUGGCCCGAAUGCUAGCGCUUUGUACCAAACUUAAUGAAUCAAGAUUGCCAUUUGACAAAUUGGUAUUACACGGGAUAAUCAACGACACAAAGGGCAAGAAGAUGAGCAAGUCUUGGGGAAAUACAGUUACAGCAACGCAGUUUAUACAGUCAUUUGAGCAACUUAAAGGAUUCCCUGAUAUGUCCAAACCAAGCAAAACUCAUACUAUGCUACAGUCCGUAUUUGGGGAUGAUAUAUAUUACAACCCAUUGGCAGUAGCACAGGCGAGACUUGCAUUAGCAUCCGCGGCGUCAAAGGCCAAUGCAUGCCACGAUGUGGAAGCAUAUAGAGGUCGUAUAAAGUCCAUGCUCAAGAAAUUAGCACAAUUAACGAAAUAUGUCCAGAUGACAGUGGAUCAAAAAGGAAUAAAGUCAUUAUAUGACCUUGAUGGACCUAGCAAAGGGUUUAUAACGGAUGCUGUUGUCGCCGGUUUGGGCAGAUGUGGAUCUGAAGUAGGCACCGCAAUAGAAGCUUUCGAGUUUCGCAAAGCUGUAGAGGAACUUGAGAAAGCUGUAUACACCUACUCUGAAUAUGCGAUACCCGCACACCGGAUAAUGUUCUGCAACGAUACGGUGUUGAUACGUCAGUAUGUUGCAUUGAUGCAGUUAUUCAUGCCAUUCUUGCCGCAAUUGCUCCUGCAGAUGUCGAUGCCACUGAAACUGAAUACAACAGGCGAUCUUUUCCAUUGGCCAGAUUAUAAAAAUGUGGAUCCAUAUGCUCUCCAAGGUUUCGACGCCAUCGAGGAUGCAUUGCGCCAACUAAGGCGACAUGUACUGGAAGCAAAUACUGCAACAAUUAUCACUGUAAACCCAUGUUACAAGCAACAUUUGACCGACGCCAAGGAAUAUCUAGAUCAUCUGCUAAAGCUGACAUAUAACAGCGUUAUACACUAUGAAAUUGAAGCUGGUUAAUAAAAUACAGCACGAUGAGAAAUACUAUCCACCAUGGAGU